AUGUCAGACACUACCCCAAUGCUGAGCGCCACCAAGCGCGAGCGCACCGGAUCGCGGUACUCCCGCCGUCUGCGUGAGUCGGGCUCGUUGCCCGCAGUCGUCUACGGGCACAAGGAAGAGCCUGUUUCCAUCGCACUGGAUAUGCACGAGACCAUGCUCCACCUCCGCAAAGGCGAGAAGGUCUUCGAACUCGACAUCGAAGGUUCAAAGCAGCAUGUCCUGCUCAAGGAUCUCGGAUACGACUACCUCGGAAACAACAUCAUCCACGCCGACUUCUCGCGUGUGGACCUCAACGAGCGUGUCGAUACCAAAGCACACCUCACAUUCGUUGGUGACGCGGUUGGUCUCAAGACCACCGGCGCGAUCAUGAUGCACCCUGUGAACGAUAUCGAACUCAAUGUGCUCAUCACCAACCUCCCUGACCACAUCGAUGUGGAUGUCUCAGGCAUGGAAGUCGGCGAUGUGCUCCACGCAUCAGAUGUCAAGCUUCCGCUCGACUCGAUGGUCCUUCUUACUGAUCCAGAUACCAUCAUCGCACAGAUUGUGAUGAAGGCACAGCAAGCUGAGGGCGACGAGGCUGGCGAAGUCUCCGCAGAUGCUGCGAGCCCUGAAGUCAUCGGUAUGCAGUACACCAAGACCCGCCACAACGCGGGGUUCAUGGUCGUCGAUGCACUGGCAACCAAGUUCGCCGUCGGACAGAUCGCCAAGUCUCGCUUCAACAGCGUCACCCUCGACGCGAACAUCGGAUGCGAGAAGUGCUUGCUCAUGAAACCCACAACCUUCAUGAACAAGUCCGGACAGAGCGUUGGGGAAGCACUCCGCUUCUUCAAGCUCGAUCCGCUUGAGGAUCUCUUGGUCAUCGUUGACGACAUCGCUCUCCCAGUCGGAUCCAUCCGGAUCCGCAAGAGCGGCGGCGCCGGCGGUCACAACGGUCUCAGCGACAUCGAUCGCGUGCUGGGAGGUGCUUCCUACCCACGCGUCCGCAUCGGUGUUGGGGAGGUCCCGAAGAUGAUGAACCAAGCCGACUGGGUGCUCAGCAAGUUCAUGAGCGAGGAGACGGACAAGCUCAACGAGAGCAUCGACAAGGCGACCAAAGCCGUCGAGCAUAUCUUGAGCGAGGACAUCGUCAGCGCGAUGAACACCUUCAACGAGAAACUCGCAAAGCCGAAGCGUAAAGAGCAUCCCAACGACAAGCAGGAUUCCACAGACGACGAUCAGUCUGUUCAAGAUAAAGGCAUGUUCCUCGUCACCCAAGCCGCGGCGGCCGCAUUCGGUGAAUGCGUCGAGCACAUCAACCACCUCUUCGAACGCGCCGACGCGACCGUCAUCGCGAUGAAGAAGUGGGACGAGCGCCGUCUCGCAUACGAGAUGGACAAGCAAAAGCGCGGCGUCUACAUCCUCGCGUACUUCACCUGCCCGACCGACAUGGUCGCUCACCUCGAACGCGACGCCGUGAUCUCUGACAAGAUCAUGCGUCUGCUCGUGACCACCGCUGACCACCUCACCGAAGAGGAAAUCGCGGCUCACGACGACCGCAAGGGUCUGGACACCGAAGCCAAGCUCCGCGCCGAGCAGGGCGCCGCGGAAGAAACCGCCAAGUCCUCGACCGUCCGCCUCGGCGCUCCAGUCAAGGAAGAGGCACCUGCCUCAGCCGCUGAGGAAGCCGCUCCGGAAGCUUCCGAAGGUGACGAGGACGCUCCAGCCGCUGAAUAA